AUGAAUGAUCUGAGAGGACAUUAAAAUAGAUUAAUAAAAUGUAGAAUAAGAAAGUUAGAAGCUUUUUCAUUGAAGGAUAGAUAGAAUGAAUUAGUAAACCAGGUGAAAAAGAAGGAUUCAAAAUUAGUUGAAAAGAAAAAGGAAUUUGUUGAAGAACAAUUUAAAGAAAUUAUUAAAAUACGUUUAUAUAGAUUUUAAGGCAAGUAAACCAGGUGCUAAGAGUAUUGUAUAAUGAUAAAAAUUAUAAAUUGAAAUCUAGAUAUUCUUUUAAAUUUAUAAUUUAAAAUAAGAGAAAUAUUUACUCUGUUGUUUAAAUUAAUUAAUAUAAUUUAGAAAUCACAAAAACCUUUAAAUAAGUUAUAUAUAUCCAUUUACCCGUCCUUGGACAAGAGUUUGCAAUCUCUUUAAGAAUAUAGCAAGAAAGGAAGAAUAAAUUAAGGCAGUUUAAUAAUUUUUCAAUAUCUUUUUUUCCUGAAUUGGUUGGGAUAAAUGAAGAAAACUAUCUGUUUAUUUUUAUAGAGCAGUUAAAAAUUAGAUUCAAGAAUGGUCGAUUAUGUUUUGGAUUAAAUUGGAAGCUGA